GUUUAACUUUGAAGAGGAGACGCCGACAACAAACUUUGAUACGUUCCCAGCCGCCAUCCUCACUGUGUUCCAGAUUCUGACCGGCGAGGACUGGAACGCCGUCAUGUACCACGGGAUCGAGUCUCAGGGAGGCGUUCGGCGCGGCAUGUUCUCCUCCGUCUACUUCAUCGUCCUCACACUGUUUGGAAACUACACCCUCCUGAACGUCUUCUUGGCCAUCGCCGUCGACAACCUCGCCAACGCGCAGGAGCUGACGAAGGAUGAAGAGGAGCAGGAGGAGGCGGCCAAUAAGAAGCUCGCCCUGCAGAAAGCUCUGGAGGUGAAGGAGGUCAGCCCGAUGUCGGCAGCCAACAUCUCCAUCGCUGCUUUUGUAAAGCAAAAUCGAGAUGCACUCUCUCGCAGGUCGUCCAUCAACAGCAUUCAGUCACU